AAGAGGACUUUGUUGGUGGGUCUGCAAAAUGGAACCCAACGAGCCACAGUCAUCAGACGUCCAAACUGUCAUCGUCGGUCGCUUGGGCGAUUUCGCUCGUGAUCUCACUGCAAUGAUUGAGACUGUCAAGCUUGGAAGGCUCCAUAUUACAAGCGAUGAAUACAACUCUAUGGAGACAGCAAGUCUAGAUCUUGCGAAAGCGGUAGACAACAUUGUCGAGGAAGUGAAGGCAUUGGGAAAGAGACGAAAACCCGCUGUUGUUGCAGAAGGGCAAAAACUCUUAUCACGGGCAGAGUUUACUAAGUUGGAAUUAAUGGCCAGCCAGGAACCGAGAAGUCAGGUCCUCUUUGUCAGAAACAUGCAGCUGUUCUUCAACCCGCCAGAGGAAUCGAAACUGGAUUCCCCUGCCGUUCAGAAACGCAAACAAUUGACUCGUGAGCGCUGUGAAAGACUGAGGAGCCUUACCCCGAACAAAAUGAUCUUGUGGGCAGCAGCAUUCGCUCCUAGUCUCUGGGACUCAAAUUUACUUCAGAAGAGCACAUUUGAGUUCGUCGUUGAAUUCCUGGAGCCUGGGAAUUCACUACAGUGGUCAUUACCUUGAUGCCUAGCAAAACACACUGAUCCGUCAACGAGGCAGAUAUCUGCUCCAUGCUCACCAAACGUAUGCACUGGGCCGUAUCCGUCUCCAUUAUAUGUCAAGGCGGAUACAGCCUCAUAUCACAACAA